AUGGAAAGACGGCAUCGUUGAAUGAAUAAGCUAUUUUGUCCUUUGCUCUCACGAUAAAACGCCUUCAAAUUCAAAACCCAUUAUAUCGCUUUCUUUUUUCCAGCUAUUUCUCUCCAAAAUCCAUAUUAUUCUUCCCCAGAAAGAUUAGUGGUUACUAUUCUGAAAUGCAUACAAGUGUACCAUCAGUAUCAGCAAUUGCCUCUGGAAGUGUGAAAGAGGUCCUUCCACCUGCUCUUGAUUCCUCUUCAGAACCACCUGCAAUUUUUGAUGGAACCCCCAAGCUCUAUAUAUCUUACACAUGCCCAUAUGCGCAGCGUACAUGGAUUACCCGAAAUUAUAAGGGAUUGCAAGACAAGAUCAUAUUGGUUCCUAUUGAUCUUAAGAACAGGCCUGCUUGGUACAAGGAGAAAGUAUACCCUGCAAAUAAGGUACCAUCUUUAGAACACAAUUACCAAGUUAUGGGAGAAAGUCUUGAUUUGAUUCGAUACAUUGAUAGUAACUUUGAAGGACCACCUCUUUUUCCAGAUGAUCCUGCCAAGAGAGAACUCGCUGAAGAGUUGCUGUCAUACACAGACUCCUUCCGCAAAGCUGUAACUUCUUUUUUCAAGGGUGAUGAAAUGAGUGUAGCUGGGGCAGCUUUUGAUAACAUGGAAACUGCUCUUUCCAAAUUUGACGAUGGACCUUUUUUCCUUGGGCAGUUCAGUUUGGUGGAUAUUGCUUAUGCUCCAUUUAUCGAAAGAUUUCAAAUCUUUUUAAUGGAAGUGAAGAAUUACGAUAUUACGGUUGGAAGGCCAAGACUUGCAUUAUGGAUUGAGGAGAUGAACAAAAUUGAAGCAUACAAAGAAACUAAGCGUGACCCCCGAGAAACUUGUUGAAAGCUACAAUUUAGGUUUCUUGUCUGCUAUGUGAACUCUUGGGGAGUCACACGACGUGAAGUUUUAACAGGCGGAAGCUGCUUCUACAAUCAAAUCUUUCAACAUCUACACUUCAUUAUGUUAUAGCUAUAGUUGUAUAUUUUAUGUAAUCUGCAUUUUUCUAAUCAAAAGUACGAGGCUUAGUUUCUUCUGGUUAACUUCAGCCAUUGAUCAGCUGUCCAUGACUGGUACAUAUGAUCUUUGUACUAUAUUGGGUUAUAAACGAUCUGUAUGAAUCAUAUGCACAAUUUACACUCGUGUAAUAUCAUGUUUAUAUAUUCUAUCAA